UACGCGCGACGGUCCGACCGCGGAAAAGCCCAUCAUCCCGACGACAGUCCGGCCGCGCCGGAAAAGCGCGUUUCCCGACAGUCGUAGUCGGCACAGUACCCACCACGGUGGCCAACGAUCGUCCGUCCGCCAGCUCCUCCGCCGUCUGGUCGUACGCCGCGUACUGGCGUGAGCGCCGCCGAAUAACGCGACCAAGGAACAACAACAACAAUAAUAACCAUAAUAAAAUAUUAAAAUAUUAGCGACCACCGUAAACUUUGAGCUUAUAUUAUCAUCGUCGUCGUCGGUCAUCGCAUCACGAGACUGCGGAGCGAUAGACGGCAACGACACUAUAAUAUUAUCGUCAGAGGUUCUAGAUCAAUUUUCGAAUUUUUUCCGUUUCGAAAAUCCAAUUUCGAAGAAUUCACAUACGGGGAGAUCGCGGCGCGGCCGCUCACAGCACUUCGGGACAUGAAGGACUCCGACGACUGUUGCGGGACCACCGUUUUCGGGUGUUUUCCGGGGGCGAGACGCAAAAAUAAACAGCCAAAGGCGAAAUCACCGCCACCGAUACAGCACCUGCAGGGGGACAGCCCGGGAGGCUCGGUGCAGGCGUUCUACCGGCAAAACCGCGGAAAGUCGUGCCGGAAAAUCAUGCGGUUCAACGGAUAUCCGAACAAAGUUCUUCUUUAUCCGGAAGAAGGAUGGGCAAGAAGUGCAGUGUCGAGUUAUUGGACCCUCACACCAACUUGGUGGAAUCGAAGCAAAUGUAAAGUAGUUGAAGUCACAGGCACUAGGAAGUAUACAACAUUGGCUAAAAUGGUAGACACCGAUACCGGAAACCUUUUCAUCGUUGGUUCAUUUAAUAAACGUACUGAUCCAGAUUUUAAAUUAUGCCUUACGUCUGAUGUGAGCACAGCUGACUUCAACAUGGGCUACAGUAUCACCGGUUCGCUGGAGUGUGGAUCCACAAAAAACAACAGUUUCCAAACAACACAUUUCGCCGUUAUUCGGAGAAGAGACUUCGAUACAAAUCGGCCGUAACAAUACAAAGUAACUCGGAUAAAAGAAAAAAAGGAUUGUCCAGACCAAUUGACGCGUGCCAGAGAGUACUCGCCGAAUUGUGUCAAAAUCCUUAACAAUUAUAAAGAUAAUAUAAUAAUACGUUAAGAAGAUGUCAGAGCACUUUUUUUUCUAUUUCUGAACCACCGCAAACAUAUGCAAAACACAUUUUCAAAGAAUCAUUGCUUUAUGUUUUUGAGUAGUCUUAGUGUAGUCGCCCAUUACCAAAAACGAUGCAGAAUAAUAUUUUUGAUUGUACGACAUGUCAAUUCGUUAAACAAAUUAAACAUCAUUUAAAUUUACGAAUAUAUAUAUAUAUAUUUUAAGUCGAAUAC